AUGGGAGAUGACUACGGGGGGUGGGCCGCCUUCGAAGCAACUCGGGAACACGAGGAAAGGUCCGAGCAGCAGAUUUCGGACAAACGUUCUCUUCGACAGCUUCGGCGGCAGAUCUUCGUUCCCGGUGCAGGCCGCUUCUUUGAAGAGGCUGCCUAUGACAGCUGGCGCCAGCAGCAGGAUGCACGAUUGCUUCCCACCGUAGCUGAGCUCCGCACGGAAGGUUACAUGCUGAAGCAUUUCGCGAAGCUCGAGACGGAGGCAAAGGACGCUGCAGACUGCAUCCGUGGAGUGCUCCUCACGGGUCCGGAGCAGCUCGUGUCCCACGUGCUGGGGAAUCAUGCCUUCUGGGCGGUGGCUGAGAAUGCUCGGCGGCUGGACGAAGUCGAGGAGGCAGAUGUGGCGGAACUGCCAAAGAAGCCCAAGUCCUUGCUUGAAUGCCUCGAGCAGAGGCGGAAGAAGAGGUUGGCUGCAGAGAGGGCGAAACGGGACAAGCCUUUCGAGCACCUGCAGAGGAUACCGCCACUACCAGUCCCGGGAGAAGCCUUGGAGUUUCGCGUGCUGUCAAGCCAGGCGGAGGUUCGCGAAGCUGCAAGCAGACUGAAGAACUGUGCGGCCAAGUAUAUUCCCCAGGUCGUCGCGCAGAAAUGCGCUCUGGUUGGCUUGUUCCGGAAUCAGGAGGAAGGUGAAGGAGACACUACGUCCAAAAUCCUUGCCAUGGGUCAGCUCUUUGCCGCGGUAUCUGAUGAUACCAUCGUUACGAGCUGGGGACAGCGAGUUCAGAAUUGCAACAAAACUUUGACGAGCAGCCAGGACCAGCAUUUCGAAUGGGCCCUAGAAAACCUUUCGAAGCUGUGGACAGAGGCGGUUCAAGACGAGCUAGACCAAGUCUUGCCAAGGCAAGCAUCAGGCGAGAGAGUGAUCAAGAACCCAGCAGAUCGAAGUCAGCUGCGCCUCAGCUUUCUGGGCCGUUUGGUGGGUCUCAGGGAGUUUUCAAGGAUCCUCAGCAGAGAAGGAUACACACCGGAGUGGAAAAGCCUCGCGCAAGCCUUCGUGCAGUGUGGACUGGCUCGUGUGAGAGAUCAGGGUAUCAUUGCUGACGAGAUCAUCGGGAGUUGUCUCGCAGUUGCUGGCAUUGCCAGAGAUUCCAACCUGCUUCGAGUCAUCAUGGGGUGGAAGAUGCCGAGCAAGAUCAAGGAAGCAGUAUCACAGGUUCAGAAGGUCUUGGAUAAGGCCGGAGGAAGGGGUGCAAGCCUGACGACGAAGCAGUGGGCGGACUUUUGGUUUCUGGACGUGCCGAUGGACCCUUCGAUCGUAGCUGACGAGAUGUGCAGGAUGCUCCGCGAUGUGCCCAAAGAAGCAGCAAGCAAGCGAAUGAAGCUAGUCGCCUCAUUGACGGAGCCCUUGCUGUCGAACGCAGAGUCAGGCGAUGCGGCUCUCUUUGACAGCAUCGUGUCAAGGCUCCUGCGAAGUGGACUGACAGAGGCCGACACGAAGGAGGUGCUGAAGCAAGCGUGCCGAUUAGGCAAGGAUGCGAAGCUGAUGGUGCUGCUUUCGAAGCUGCCGUUUCCCCGCUCGGACUUAGUCGCCUCAUUGACGGAGCCCUGGCUGUCGAACGCAGAGUCAGGCGAUGCGGCUCUCUUUGACAGCAUCGUGUCAAGGCUCCUGCGAAGUGGACUGACAGAGGCCGACACGAAGGGGGUGCUGAAGCAAGCGUGCCGAUUAGGCAAGGAUGCGAAGCUGAUGGUGCUGCUUUCGAAGCUGCCGUUUCCCCGCUCGGACUUAGUCGCCUCAUUGACGGAGCCCUUGCUGUCGAACGCAGAGUCAGGCGAUGCGGCUCUCUUUGACAGCAUCGUGUCAAGGCUCCUGCGAAGUGGACUGACAGAGGCCGACACGAAGGAGGUGCUGAAGCAAGCGUGCCGAUUAGGCAAGGAUGCGAAGCUGAUGGUGCUGCUUUCGAAGCUGCCGUUUCCCCACUCGGACUUAGUCAUAGUCGCCGCAUUGACGGAGCCCUUGCUCUUGAUGACGGCGGUGCUCAAGCAAGCUCUACAGCUUGACAACGAUGCUAAGCUAACAGUGCUGCUGUCGAAGCUGCCCUUUGGCGCGUCGCAGCUGCUUGAAGCAUUGACCGAGCCUUUGCUGUUUGCUGCAACGGCCUGCAAUGUUGGUCUCGCAGACAGCAUUGUUGCAAGGCUCUUACAAGCUGGAGUGACAGCCGACCACGUCAGCAGCAUUCUCGAAGCAGCAUGCAAGCUAAAAAUGCGUGCUAAGCUUGUCGUUCUCCUCUCUCCUCUGCCGUUUCGCUCUGCUGAUUUGGUUGAUGCAUUGCGGGAUCCCUUGCUGUCAGCUGUUCGCAAAGGGGCCGUGAAGGUCGUGCAUAGCAUUGUUCGAGGACUUCUGCGAGCGAACGUGGUAGCACCUCAGACGUCUGGCCUCCUGGAAGAAGCUGUCAAGCUCACGGCGUCUCUGCGUCUAACCCUGCUUCUUUUUGAUCUGCCAUUCGUGGCUUCGGCUUCUUUGUUUGAGGCCCUUGCGCGAGCCUUGUUGUUUUUCACUAAGCAGCAGGGUGCCAAGGCACGUGUGGUGGUAUGCUACGGCUUCAUUGUGCACUCGACUUUGCCCUUCGAGCCAAAAGUGUUAGUGUGGAGCUUGGCAGAAGCUUACUUGCACGAGCUGGUUGAAGAGACAGAUUCUGAGAAUGAGUUCGCUGGAUGUGGGUAUUGCCCCGCAUCUGACAUCGAGCUGGCUCUUAGCCCGGCAGGGGCAAAUCAGGUUGCAUUUCUUGCCUGCUUGCUGCUCCUGGCUGUGGACACGCUGCCUCCUGACGCACCUGUGAUCAGAAGCUUGCUGGACCGGCUGGUCAACAUCGGGAUCACCACACCAGUAGCAGAGUUCUUGAUGGAAGACAUCAGACCGGAGCUCAGGACGCAUGAGCUCAGGACGCUUCUGAGCAGGAGUGGGAUGCCUUGCUGA